GCGGCGGAGCCCAGUGCCCGCCACCCCCGGGGCACCGGCCCCGGGCCCGGCUCGGAGCGGCGGCCGCCGGAAGAGCGGCUGAGCCGGACGAGACGAUGACUGUGGAGAGCACGGAGACCAACGGGCCCCUGCGGGAGCCGGAGCUGGGGGGUCCCAAGGCUCCGGUGCCCCCCGUGCCCUCGCGGCGCCGGGGCCGCCGCCUGCGGCGCAAAUCCCCCCCGGAGAGCCCGGUGAAGGGGCAGCUCCGCAUGCGCUCGCCGGCCGGAGCCUUCGUCAUGGUGGGCAUCUCGGUGGUCCUGGUGGGCAUGACCAUCGCCGUGGUGGGCUACUGGCCCCACCGGGGGCACGGCGGCACAGGGGCCGGCGGGGGCAACGCCAGCGUGGCCGGGGACACGAGGAGGGAGGUGGCAGCUGCGCGCCACGGACCCCACAGUGAGAAGCUGAAGCUGAUCGGCCCCGUCAUCAUGGGCAUCGGGCUCUUCAUCUUCAUCUGCGCCAACACGAUGCUCUACGAGAACAGGGACAUGGAGACGCGCCGGCUGAUGCAGAAGGGGCUCUACGGCAUGGUCGGGGGGCUCCCCGAGGGCGCCGGCCCCGAGGACGGGCACUGCCAGCACGGGGAUGGCCCCAAGGCCAACGCCGAGUGCGUGGAGGGCUGUUACCAGGUGGACCUGUCCUGCCAGCCCUGCCCCGGCCCUGGCAGCAAGUGGUCCGACUGCUACGGCCCCAAUCGGCUCCAGGCCAUGGCAGAGUUCCUGCAGCACCCGGCGGGAUCCCCCGCGGCCUCCCUGCACAGCCUCCGCUCCGGCGCCUCCGCCGAGGCCAACGUUGGCCUCCCGCGCCGCGCCGGGGCCGAGUCCCUGCUCUGCUCGGCCGUGGGCGCCCUGGCACUGCCCGUCAUCAAGCUCAACAACUGCCUGCUGGACGCAGCGGCGCGAGGGGCUGGUGGGAGGGUGGGCCCUGCUGAGCAUCCCCCUGAAACACCACGGCCCCCCCCGGCCCCGCUCUCCAUCGGCGACAGCGUCACAGCGUGUGGCCAGGAUUGUGGUGGCCGUGGUGGUGGUGGUGGUGGUGGUGGUGGUGGUGGUCACACCGUCAUUGACAUGGAUGGCGGGUGCCCCGCUGCAGAGCUGGUGGCAGCAGAUCUCAGCCCCGAUGUGCAGCUCCACACCCCAGGACACUCCAAAUCCCUGGACCUCGGCCGACCGGGGGUGCUGCUGGUGGCCCCCAUGAAGGACCGUAAGAACCGGAGCUGGCCCCGGCUGGACCACGUCAGCCUGGUGGGCUACGCCAAACUGGAAAGUACUGGCGAGUCCUCGGACCGGCUGCUGGAGCCCAGCGAGCCCCCGAGCCGGGCAGAGCCCCGGCCCAGCUCCUGGGUGGUGGGCACAGAGCAGGGCACGCAGGUGUGACAUCCCUGGGGACCACGACAUCACAGCCCCUCGUCCUGGCCCCCAGAACCCACCAGCGGCCCUGAAAGCCCCUCUCCAGGAGGGGUUCGUUUGUGAGCAGGUGCCAAGAGGAAGAUCCUGACGCGCCGCUCCCGGGGAGAACUCACCUGGGGUGGGAUGUCCUUCCUGGUGGGUGCCCUUGGCCUUACAAGCCCUUCUCCUGGUGGCUUUUCUGGAGGAGCCCCCACUUUAAGACCCAACAAACUGUGGGAUGGGGAUGUGGGGGUGAGUGAAGCCUCACCAGCCCCUGCAGCACUUU